UUGACAGAAGACCAACGGGUUAUACCUUGUGUUCUGUGGACAUAUAUUUAUUUAACUGAGUAAGCUCUCUGUCGAGCCUCCCCGGUGUGGUGGUAUCUCUUCGCGAUGCGAAGAUGGCCAGCCUGCCAGCUCACAAAGGCCCACAUGUGCUCCGCCGCUUCACCCCUGAGUGUCUGGCGGAGAUCGAGCGGCGUAUCGAGGACCGCAAGCGGCUGGAGCUCGCGGGUGAAGAACCGCCGCCCGGUCCCACUGAACCCAGCAGGGACAUGGAGGCCGGAAAGACCCUGCCCAUGAUCUAUGGAGACGCGCCGGAGGAUUUGCUCAACACACCCCUGGAGGACAUUGACCCCUACUACAAAGAAAAUCAGAAAACCUUUAUAGUGGUCACCAAAGGUAACACAAUCUUCAGGUUCAAUGCUGAUCCUGCUUGUUACAUUCUCAGCCCCUUCAACCUUCUACGAAGAGGAUCCAUCAGAAUACUCAUACAUUCAAUAUUUAGCAUGAUCAUCAUGAUCACCAUAUUAGCGAACUGUGUGUUUAUGACCAUGAGCAACCCCCCGCCAUGGAGCAAGACAGUUGAAUAUGUUUUCACUGGUAUUUAUACCUUUGAGGCAUCGAUAAAGGUCUUAUCACGAGGCUUCUGCAUCGGAAACUUUACAUUCCUAAGAGAUCCAUGGAACUGGCUGGAUUUCAUGGUGAUCAGUAUGGCGUACAUCACAGAGUUUGUCGACCUUGGCAACGUGUCGGCCCUCAGGACGUUCCGCGUCCUCCGAGCUCUGAAGACCAUCACAGUGAUUCCUGGUUUGAAAACCAUCGUUGGAGCUCUUAUCCAGUCGGUGAAGAAGAUGGGCGACGUGAUGAUUUUGACGGUGUUCGCACUUGCCGUCUUCGCUCUCAUCGGCCUGCAGCUGUUCAUGGGGAACCUGCGACAGAAGUGCAUACGCUGGCCCCUCCUCAACGACACCGACACCACGUUUGAUGACUUCUUCAACACCACCAUGGACUACAACACCACCAUGGCCUACAACGCCACUGUCAACGAGACCAGCACCUUUGAUUUCAAGGCCUACCUAGAAAAUGAAGAAAACCAGUACUUCUUAGAAGGCAGCUUGGAUGCGCUGCUGUGUGGAAACAGCUCAGAUGCUGGGAAGUGCCCAGAAGGAUACGUUUGCAUGAAGGCCGGGCGGAACCCCAACUACGGAUACACCAGCUACGACUCGUUUGGCUGGGCCUUCCUGGCCCUGUUCCGGCUCAUGACACAAGACUACUGGGAGAACCUCUUCCAGCUGACCCUCAGGGCGGCAGGAAAGACCUACAUGCUCUUCUUCGUGGUGGUCAUCUUCCUGGGCUCCUUUUACCUCAUCAACCUCAUCCUGGCCGUGGUUGCUAUGGCGUAUGACGAGCAGAACCAGGCCACCAUGGCCGAGGCCAAGGAGAAGGAGGAGGAGUUCCAGAGGCUUCUAGAACAACUCCACAACCAAGAGGAAGAGAUGAUUGUGGGUAGUCAGAUGUCUCUGACGAGCGGACGGAGCCGAAGUCGAGGCACCAAUGACACACGCAGUCUCCAAGACAACGAUGACGUCAUAAAGGACUGCAAUGGAAGAAUAGUUCCACGAUUUGUCAUCAACAGAGUCUCUUCCGAAAGAGAAACAUCCCCAGAUGAUGACAAGAGUAGAGAUUUGAACUCCAUUGGGUCCAAACACAGUAAGAUGUACCUGGAGCCGGGCUUGGGUAAACGGACAGCCAGUGCCCUGACGGUCCUCUCUAACGCCAUGGAGGAGCUGGAGGAGCUUCAGAGGCCUUGUCCGCCCGGCUGGUACAAGUUCGCCGACAUCUUUCUGAAGUGGAACUGCUGCCCGCCGUGGGUGGUCUUCAAGAACUGGGUGAACUUUGUGGUGAUGGACCCCUUUGUGGACCUGGGCAUCACCAUCUGCAUUGUGCUCAACACACUCUUCAUGGCCAUGGAGCACUACCCCAUGAGCCCUGAGUUUGACCACAUGCUGUCAGUGGGCAACCUGGUCUUCACUGGUAUCUUCACGGCUGAGAUGGUCUUCAAGCUGAUAGCCAUGGAUCCCUACUAUUACUUCCAGGUGGGCUGGAACAUCUUUGACAGCAUCAUCGUCACCUUCAGUCUGGUGGAGCUGGGCCUGGCCAACGUCCAGGGCCUGUCAGUACUCCGCUCUUUCCGUUUGAUGCGUGUCUUUAAGCUGGCCAAGUCCUGGCCCACGCUCAACAUGCUCAUCAAGAUCAUCGGCAACUCGGUGGGCGCCCUCGGCAACCUGACCCUCGUCCUGGCCAUCAUCGUCUUCAUCUUCGCCGUGGUGGGCAUGCAGCUGUUCGGCAAGAGCUACAAGGACUGCGUGUGCAAGAUCGCCCAGGACUGCGAGCUGCCCCGCUGGCACAUGCACGACUUCUUCCACUCCUUCCUCAUCGUCUUCCGCAUCCUGUGCGGCGAGUGGAUCGAGACCAUGUGGGACUGCAUGGAGGUGGCCGGGGCCAGCAUGUGCCUCAUCGUCUUCAUGAUGGUCAUGGUCAUCGGCAACCUGGUGGUGUUGAAUCUGUUUCUUGCCUUGCUGCUGAGCUCUUUCAGCGGGGACAACCUGUCGGCAGGUGAGGAUGAAGGCGAGAACAACCUCCAGAUCGCCAUCGGCCGCAUCACGCGCGGAGUGGACUGGCUGAAGGCCCACGUGGCCGGCCUGGUCUUGCGCGCCCUGGGCAAGAAGCCUCCCGCCGAGGACGAAGCGGGUGACGGGGACGCCGGAGACGGCCUGGACAAGGACGGCCUUCCCAUGAAUCACCUGGACAAGAUAGGGGACGGGAUGCCCAACAACCUGACGCUCAAGGUGCCCAUCGCCAAGGCCGAGACAGACGUGGAGGACGAUGAGAGUGACGAGUCGGACGAGGAUGACGAUGAUGACGAAGAGAAGAAAGCCAAGGAGUUGGCAGAUGACGGCUCGUCAGUGUGCAGCACUGUGGACUACAGGCCGCCAGAACCUGAACCAGAGGUGGAGGAGGAAUCCGAGCCGGAACCAGAGGAUCCAGAGGCCUGCUUCACUGAUGAGUGUAUUCGCCGCUUCCCAUGUCUGGAUUUUGACGUCUCGGAGGGUAGGGGAAAGCAGUGGUGGAACCUGCGCCGGGCUUGUUUCACCAUCGUGGAGCACGACUACUUUGAGACCUUCAUCGUCUUCAUGAUCCUCCUCAGCAGUGGCGCUCUGGCGUUUGAGGACAUUUACAUUGAGCGCCGGCGAACGAUUAAGAUCAUUCUGGAGUUCGCAGACAAAGUCUUCACUUACAUCUUCAUAGUGGAGAUGCUGCUCAAGUGGGUGGCGUACGGUUUCAAGACCUACUUCACCAACGCCUGGUGCUGGCUGGACUUCCUCAUUGUCGACGUGUCUCUGGUCAGUCUCACUGCUAACCUGAUGGGCUACUCUGAGCUGGGAGCGAUCAAAUCACUCCGUACACUCAGGGCGUUGAGACCCCUCCGAGCGCUCUCCCGGUUUGAGGGAAUGAGGGUGGUGGUUAACGCGCUGGUGGGUGCCAUCCCGUCCAUCUUCAAUGUGCUGCUUGUCUGCCUCAUCUUCUGGCUCAUCUUCAGUAUCAUGGGCGUCAACCUAUUUGCCGGAAAGUUCUACAAGUGCAUCAAUACCACCACCGACGAGAUGUUCCCCAUUGACGUGGUCAACAACCAUAGCGACUGCAUAGCUCUCAUGCACACCAACGAGGCGCGAUGGGUCAAUGUCAAGGUCAACUACGACAACGUGGGCCUCGGCUACCUCUCCCUGCUGCAAGUGGCAACAUUCAAGGGCUGGAUGGACAUCAUGUAUGCAGCAGUGGAUUCUCGAGAGCCAGAGGAGCAGCCAUCGUAUGAGAUCAACCUGUACAUGUAUCUGUACUUCGUCAUCUUCAUCAUCUUCGGCUCCUUCUUCACCCUCAACCUCUUCAUCGGCGUCAUCAUCGACAACUUCAACCAGCAGAAGUCAAAGAUAAGCACCAAAUCGGUCUUCAUGACAGAGGAGCAGAAGAAGUACCAUGAGGCCAUGAAAAAACUGGGCUCGAAGAAACCAGUCAAGCCCAUCCCUAGACCGAAUAAUAUUAUCCUGGGCGCAAUAUACGACUUCAUCUCCCAGCAGGCCUUCGACAUCUUCAUCAUGAUCCUCAUCUGCCUCAACAUGGUGACCAUGAUGGUCGAGACAGACGACCAGAGUGUAGAGAAGGAGGACGUUCUCUACAAGAUCAAUCUGUCUUUCAUCGUAGUCUUUACUGGCGAGUGCCUGCUCAAGAUGUUCGCCCUCAGACAGUACUUCUUCACCGUUGGCUGGAAUGUCUUUGACUUCGUUGUUGUGAUCCUCUCCAUCGCUGGUCUUGCGCUGUCAGACAUCAUUGAGAAAUACUUUGUGUCGCCCACCCUGUUCCGUGUCAUCCGAUUGGCCAGAAUCGGGCGUGUGCUUCGCCUGAUCCGCGGUGCCAAGGGCAUCAGGACACUGCUGUUUGCUCUGAUGAUGUCACUUCCUGCGCUCUUCAACAUCGGCCUGCUGCUCUUCCUCAUCAUAUUCAUCUUCUCCAUCUUCGGCAUGUCCAACUUCGCCUACGUGAAGAAGCAGGCCGGCAUCGACGACAUGUUCAGCUUCGAGACGUUCGGCAGCAGCCUCGUCUGCCUCUUCGAGAUCACCACCUCGGCCGGCUGGGACGGUCUGCUGCUGCCCAUCCUGAACAGCGGGCCGCCGGACUGCGACCCCGACAUCGAGAACCCGGGCUCGGACGUGCGGGGCAACUGCGGAAACCCGGGCAUGGGCAUCAUGUUCUUCUGCAGCUACAUCAUCAUGUCCUUCCUGGUGGUGGUCAACAUGUACAUCGCCAUCAUCCUGGAGAACUUCAACACGGCCCAGGAGGAGAGCGGCGACGCGCUCUGUGAGGACGACUUCGAGAUGUUCUACGAGACGUGGGAGAAGUUCGACCCGGAGGCCACGCAGUUCCUCCCCUACGAGCGCAUCUCCGAGUUCUGCCACGCGCUCCUCCCGCCCUUCCGCAUCCCCAAGCCCAACCGCCUCCAGCUCAUCGCCAUGGACCUGCCCAUCUGCAUCGGCGACAAGAUCCACUGCCUGGACAUCCUGCUGGCGCUCACGCAGGAGGUCCUUGGCGACACCAUCGAGAUGGCGGCCAUGCGCGAGAGCAUCCAGCUCAAGUUCGUCAUGAACAACCCCACGUCGGCGUCGUUCGAGCCCAUCACCACCACCGUGCGGCGCAAGCAGGAGGCGGAGGCGGCCGUGACGCUGCAGCGCGCCUACCGGGCGCACCUGUUCCGCCGCGGCGCCCGCCACGCCGCGUACCUGCACCGGCACAGGGGCCAGGUGCGGCCGGCGCGGGACGACGACCCGCCGUCCGAGACGGAGGGGCUCGUCGCGCGCAAGAUGAACGCCCUGUACGGCAGCAACCCCGAACUGGCCCUGGCGCUGGAGAUGAAGGCCAGACCCACGCCGGCCGACGCCCCCUCCCAGCCCCACGCCACCUACCCCCGGCCGCCCGUUGGACACCACCUGGUGGUGCCCGUGGAGGUGACCAGCGAGGUGGUGCUCCAUGCGGCGCCCCAGGAGAUGCCUCCCCGGCCCCUCUCCCGCGAAGAGGUGGCGGCACUCAAAGAGUCGGACGUAUGACCGGACGGGGCGCCCAUGUUGGCAUUUGUGGCAGAGUCACUCUUCGAGAUUAUGGGGCGGCAACCCUCGGCCUGAAAAUGAGCGAGAGGGUACAUUUGGUGGUGG